GCCGCGCCAAAAUCUCCACCGCCACCAGCCGAAGCUAUACUAUACACGAACCUCAUUCUUCGUUCCUUUCUUGCCCUAAACUUUCUCACUCAUAGAUGUAGAAGACAAGAAGUUCCGAGAUCUGAUGUCCUCCUCCGAGCCCUUCAAGGCUCCAAUCCUCCUCAAUGUAUCAGAUCCAGACAACCAUCUCUGAACCUGUGGUGUCCUCUCCUGUUAAGCUCACGUGCACCCAAAACCAAUAACAGGGUGGGAGAUAUGCAGAAAGUUUUAAAAAGUCAUGAUAUCCAAAUAUGUGGUAGUAGCCAUCUGCUUACCUGCCUUGUCAGCUUUUAUUUGUGGUAGCUAAGCCAUCUCUUACACUCUCUUCUCCAUGGCUUCUUCAUCCACCCUAUGCCCUGUCUCCCCAUCGCAGCUGUGCUCUAGCAACAAUGAAUUGUACUCUCCUUCACAAGCUCUGGUCAGGACCCAUAUGGUGUGGAAGAAGGACAAGAAGAGAAUCAGGAGAGUGAGGUGCACCUGCAUGGACACCAGUGCUAUACCGGACAUGGGCAAGAGGCAGUUCAUGAAUAUGCUUCUUCUGGGUGCUGCUAUUUCCCUUCCCACUGCAGAUGCUAUGGCUGGAAGCAUUUUGGAUAAAUAUGUGAAAAGAAAAAAGCUUGAACCGCUAGAAGCUUAUGUACCCGCUGUUAUAUUGACUCAGUUGCAGAUUCAAGACUUAGGAAAAACUCUGGAAAUUAAUCAACCUCAGUAUACUUCCUGCCGAAAUUUAUUACGUUCUGGCCCUGCCGCAUCUCUUCGCAUUAAUAUUCGGGCCGUAGCACAAUAUGCAUCUGACAGUGGCAAUGGUAAAAUUGCUGGCCAGAAUGUAGAUCAAUGUCUCAGAGCCUUGGAAGAACUUGAUUCUUUGUUCCUGCAUGCAUCGAGGAAUGAUCCAGAAGCCUCUGUUGAAUCUAUGAAGGCAAAGAUUAGUAUUGCACUUGAUGCAUUGGAUGGCUUGCUCGAAACUGUUCCAUCUGAUGUGCUGGCCAAAGGAAAGGCUAUUGCUGAUGCAUAUAGGGUCCCAGAGGAAGAUAUAGCACCUGAAAAUUUGGACCCAGAAAUGAAGCAAUUGGAAUCAAUAUUAUGAUUAAUUUCUUGAUCUAUAUGCUUCUCUUGAUACCAUGGUCAAUCUUCUACCACGGAGUGAAGAAAACAAAAACACGAGUGUUUAGAAAUUAUUUGUUAACAGAAUGUUUGGAGUCCUAGACGAGUAAUUUUUGUACUGUGGCCGCUGCUAUCACCACAACCACUGGAUGCAAGUAAAUUUCACUUGAUAUUUAAUAAUGGGGGUGAGUGUUUUUGCACUCGUGCAUGUUAUUUUACAGUUUUUCUCUACUGGGGCAAGAGCUCUUUUACAUGAAUCAGAUAUAAUGAGCUGACCAGUGCCUAGAUGAAGGGCUUUGGCAACUUCUGGUCAUGUUAGUUGAAA